AAAAUAUUCUAUUGUGGUGAAAUUCUGUUAGUGUACAAAAGUCGUUCUGGGAAAUAGAUUAAUUCAAUUGUUUGUCGACGAUGAAAGUAUUAUUUGUAUGCUUAGGAAACACUUGUCGCUCACCCAUGGCUGAAGCGAUUUUAAAGCAUCUUAUAAAUAAAAUGCAAUUGCAAGAUUGGCAAACAGACAGCGCUGGAUUGAGAGAUUGGAAUGUUGGCUAUGAGGCUCAGGGACGCGCUCAACACCUGUUGCAGCAACAUGGUCUAAAGACAAAACAUCUCAGCCGCAUAAUAACCGUGCAGGACUUUUAUGAAUAUGAUUAUAUAUUUGGCAUGGAUGAGAACAAUAUAUUGGAAUUGGAGCAAAUGGCCGAAAAGCUGCAACCACAGCCAAAAUGUCGUAUUAUGCUUUUGGGUAGCUUUAUCGGUCGCAAGGAAGAUGAAAUCAUCGAGGAUCCCUAUUUUAGUCGUGGAAUGGGAAGCUUCCAUGCAGCGUAUGCCCAGAUCCUGGAAAGUUGUCAGAACUUUGUGCAGCAACAUCGCAGUUUAAAUUAAACUAUUAACUUAUAUUUUUUAAUGAAAAAAACAAAAAUUUUAUUGUAUGAUUAAACACUUCGUAUCUGUUAAAAUCGCGCC